AUGCUGCCCGUCAUCUUGCAAUUGGCCAACGACGCCGUUCCCAACGUACGCUUUAACGUCGCGCGAACACUCAAGGUGUGCGUGGAGAACAUCCAGGACAAGACUGUGGUCCAAUCAAACAUCGUGCCGGUGCUCAAUACGUUAGAGGCUGACGCUGAUAUGGACGUUAAAUACUACGCCCACCAGGCUCUAAUCGCAGGCAUGUUAUAUAACCAACUGCUACUGCCACUGCACUGUACUACUUCGGCCUGUACGGGUACUUUCGGUAAGGAAGAAUAUGCACGGGAUGGGGGUGAAUUGAACAGCUCUCGACAAUACCGCAAUCACAAGCUUCACGUACAGCGCCAGUAGUAGGAGAAACAUUUUAUCUGAAAGCCACGGAGACUGAUGCACCAGUUUCUAAUGUGUAGUUGUGCGCUGCAAAUAGCUUGACUUUAC